CAAUCGAAGACUGCUUUGACUUUUUGCAGCACUGUAGAAUCAAAUUUAUAAAUUAAUUGUGGACAAAUUUGUUAUUUUCGUAGAACAUUGCCUGCCACAGUCGACCGAAAAUGAGCUUGACUGAAAACGACAAUAUUUCCACCGAAGAGCGAAGCUUUGAAGACAAACCGCUGGAUUUCAUAUUAUUUCCAUGGUCUCUUCAAUACCCGCAGAUAAUGCUAGCAUAUGAAGUGUAUCCAAUGGAGUGUAAUCCUAUCAUUUAUGGCCAUACCUAUCCCACGAUAUCCGUUCCGAUGCUACCGGUAAUCGAAGAGGAUGAAGAAAUGGAACUAGAUUCUGAAAUUCGAUUUGACGACAGGUCAUUAUAUUGGUUUACUAGCAGUGAAAUUGUCGCAGCAAACCCACGGAGUACGUUGAUCAUCGAAGAAAUUGACGAAGGAGCAAACCCGACGGAGCAAGCAUAUAUCGUGGAGGAACCACCGGAUGAAGACGAAGAUGCUAAACCGUUACCGCUAACCGUCUCACCUACGAAUAGUUCUGACGAAGCGUCAACUUCGAAAAGUGUCAUGACUGGGGGAAGCCAGGUGUUCAACUGAAACGAAUCGAUUAAAAAAUAGCUUGAAUCGGAAUGAAUGAUAAAUCUGAUGUACAAUUUUCUGAACAAACCAUAUGAACUGUGAUUAAAGUCUGUAUUCAUUAUAUUUCUGUAUAUAUUAUUUUCAGUGCACAUUUUUAUUUAUGCAUUUAUCAAUUCACAAAAAACUCUGCGACUCAUUCGUUUGCUUGUCAUUUUUCCAUCCAAUUAUGUUACCGGAAAUUAAUCAAAGCACCAGUUUACGA